CCGGCCCCGCCCGCCCGCCACGUACGUCUCCCGUCCCGGCUCCUUUCCAUGGUUCCCGGCGUGACUGGUGCCUCCUGCCACCGCCCCCGCAGCGCGGCGCCGACCGCCGGUGGGAGGAUGCUGCAGCACACCGGAGGCUGAGGCGGUGCCGCUGGCCGCGGGGAGCGGGACCCCGUCUCCCACCCAUGCUCCCUGCCGGCUGCCGGGGCUGUGCCCCGUGAGGAGCAGGGGUGGGUGCCCGUCUCGCCGGGGCCAGGGCCUCCCCUGCCGUGCCCCCCGCCAUGACGAGCCUCUUCCGCCGGAGCAGCAGCAACGGCAGCUCCCGCGGCGGCUCCUCCGCCCAGGAGCUCAACAACAGCCGCCCCGCCAGGCAGGUCCGCCGGCUGGAGUUCAAUCAGGCCAUGGAGGACUUCAAGACCAUGUUCCCCAGCAUGGACUACGACAUCAUUGAGUGCGUCUUGAGGGCCAACAACGGCGCCGUGGACGCCACCAUCGACCAGCUCCUGCAGAUGAACCUGGACAGCAGCGGCUGCGACGACAGCUCGGACUCGGAGGACAGUAUCCCCCCUGAGAUAUUGGAGCGGACCCUGGAGCCAGACAGCUCGGAUGAGGAGCCCCCUCCUGUCUAUUCCCCUCCUGCCUACGAGAGCCAGGUGUUGGGCAGCCGCCCGCCCCGUGCGCCCACCCCUCCACCCCGGACGGACAUGCCGGGGCCCGGCAGUACCCCGGCGUCAGGGCGCUACAGGAACUGGAACCCACCACUUCUGGGCAACCUCCCCGAGGAUUUCCUCCGCAUCCUGCCCCAGCAGACGGCCGGCACACAGGGCUCCCACGGCUGCCAGCAGCCCGUGCCACGGGGGCUCACCCCACGGAGCCAGGGCUCCCUGGAGCAGGAGCGGCGGUGGAAGCAGUACCUGGAGGACGAGCGGAUCGCACUCUUCCUGCAGAACGAAGAGUUCAUGAAGGAGCUCCAGAGGAACCGGGAUUUCCUCCUUGCCCUGGAGAGAGAUCGGUUGAAAUACGAAUCAAAAAAAUCCAAGUCAACCAGUGUUGCUGUCAGCAAUGACUUUGGUUUCUCCUCUGUAAUAUCAGGUGAUGUAGCUCCCCCUGCAACCAGCGAGGCCGGCGGUGCCGUGUCUGACGAUGCCUUAUUCAGAGACAAACUGAAACACAUGGGAAAAUCCACGCGCAAGAAACUGUUUGAACUCGCCAGAGCCUUCUCUGAGAAGACAAAGAUGAGGAAAUCGAAAAGAAAACACUUGUUGAAGCACCAGGUGAUGGGGACGGCAGCUUCCACAGCAAAUCUUCUCGACGACGUUGAAGGACAUUCGUGCGAUGAAGAUUUCCAAGCACGGAGGCAUCAGCUCCAGGAGGAGGAGGAGACAUUGAAGGAAGGGCAGUAAUGGUGAGAAGCACCCAGGGACACGCACUUCUUGGUCCCAGCACUGGGGUUUAUUGCUGGCACGGAACGUGCACAAGGCUUCAUAAGAAGAUGGCUGAAAAAGGAAAAAAAGCAAACACCCAACAAACAGCCCAGUGUUUUGGCUGUUCCCCCUCUGCUGCUGUACUCUUCUGAAGUACAAGUACUGAAGUGAGGCACAAUGUUUUCUUACCAGUGGUUUGAAAACAACUUCUAUCCAGUGAAGCAGCCAAAAAGGAAGAAAAAAAGAAAAAAAAAAAAAAAAAGAGAGAGAGAGAGAAGAAAAAGAGGAAAAAAAAAAAAAAAGCAAGCAGCUGAUGUGAGCUGUGGAGGAGGAGCCCGUGGAGCUCAGACUUGGGAGGAGCAGCGUCCUGCCUGCUCUCUUGGUCCGAGCGGCCUCGCAGAAGGAAUGAAAAUCAGUGGUACUGAGGAGGAUGGAUUCACCCGUGGGAUCUCCUGAACAUAUCUCUAGUGAUCUGAUGUAACGUUGCUCUGCGCACACAGGAACACACCAAACACGUCAGAAAGAGAACCUAACAGCCGUUGUCUGCUACUGCUAGGAGUAAUGAGCAGAGAUUCAGAUCAGGUAAUAGUCAAAUAAUAUAAAUUGUUUAUAAAAGGAAAGGCCUUCUUUUCCUAGGCGUUUCACUUUGAAUUAAACCUUUGCCUUUGGCAUUGCUAAAACUGCCUUCAGGUCCGGAGGCUCUGUGGGCCGUGUUGUGGCUCACGGGGCUGGUGCCACCGUCCUGGGGCAGCACCAAGGGCUGGAUUUCGCAUCCGUUUAACCCUCAGUGCCGAAGCCGGACACGUCCCGCCGGGCUCAGCGUGCUGCUGGUGCUCCCAGUGCUGGACAGGGCGCUCAGUAGCUCCGGGGAGGCCCCCGCUCUGGGUAAGAUGCCAAGCCCAAGCCUGGGGGGGCUGCAGAUGAGGCCGGUCGAGGUGUUUUCGGCACGGAGAGAUUGCACAAGGGCUUGUGAGCACUGCCGGGUUCGGUGUGGGGCCGGGGCUGGCCCCGUGGCAGGAGCAGAGCAGCUUUCCUCACACCCUCCCAGGGGCUUGUUUCACCUGGGGGGGAGGGCUGGGGGGCUGGCAGGCAGCCCUGGAACCAUUGCAGCUUUCAGAGAUGUUGUCAGGCUAAAAAUAAUUACGUUAACAAAUUUCUUCCCUGUGUAAGUAACGAGUGACGAGCAUAAAGUCAGAAAUCGCUCCCGCCAGCGUUUUCGUCUCCUUUAUCGGCGUGAUCUGCUGGCUGCUAAAUGCAGGAGGUGGCUCCAGACGUGCCUGUUCCACUUUCUGGCUCCUGUGAGCCAGCACAAAUGUUGCAGGAUGGAGCUGCGAAGGCGGCAGACGCAGGAGCCCCAGCCAUCCAACACACACGCAACUGUUUUCCCUGCCUCUCCGCGGGGUUUGGUAACAAAAGCCCACGCUGCAGGCACCGCCUCCUGACAGGCUCCUUUUCAAACCCCCCUAGAGCUCACAUGCCUUUGAAGUGGACGCCAAGAUUUCUGUCCCUGCCGGGUGCAGCCCGUGCACCUGUUGAGCGCUGCUGCUGCCGCCCCCGCAGCCAUGGCAGGGACCAGUGGGUUUUGUCCCCUUCCCUGGUCCCUCACCACUCGUGGUGCUGCUUCAAGGGCUUUGGGGCUGGGCAGGGUCCUGUCAGCACGUCUGAAGUGCUCCUGGCAGUGCCAGGGUGCCGAGGGCAGGGUUCAUCAUCAGGCUGGAAGUGGCCUUGGGACCCAGCGAGGUUGGGUUCCAAAAAUCAAAGCAGCAUCAGCCUGGUGCCAGCGAGCUGAUCCCAGCUUUGGUGCCUGCUCCUUUCAAAGGAAGGGGAGAAGAGCAUUCCAUGAGUCAUGGCAGCCUGGCCCAUGGGUUAGAGCCAUCCCAAGUCAUGCUGGCUUUGAUGAGCAGGGGCUUCAGGCCCUCCAGCUCCCUGCUGCAUGCCUGGCUGCCGGGGGUGCCGGAGAGACCCGGCACACCACUCUGGGCUGGGUAAGGUGGGUGUCUGUAGCAGAGUGUGUCCCCUCCUGGCUCGAGGUGCAAGCAUGGCAGCAGGAGCAAGGGGCUAAGUGUGAAGCUGGGGUUGGGAACAGAAGGUCCUUUAGUCCCUGAGUGGGAUUUUUAUCCCCAGUCUGAGAGUGGUAGAGAAAGGAGGGGCUCUGGGGUCUGUAGGAGGCUGCCGUCACUCCCUCCCAACCCAAAGCAGCUCUUUGCAUAUUUGGAAGAAAGUCAAGCCUGGAACUAGAUCAGCCUGUCAAAGUUCCAGUGCCUCUUAGCUACCGAGGGCUUAACUUUCAGCGAAGUUUCCAUGAAGGCAGGAAGCACCCACGGGCAGUCGGGCAGGAGCUCAGGCUCUUGCGGGAAGGAAAUUCCGCUUCUCCCAGGCGAGGAGGUGGUUGGUUACUGGUCUGGCAUGUGGGGAGGAGAGGCAGCCGAGCACUCCCCCCCUGGGUGCUUGCAGCAUGCCUGCCGUGCUGCCCAGCCCUCCCAGGGUUUGCUGUGCUCCCUGUGGGGAGCUGAGGGAGGAUCCCAGUGAGCUGCCUUUGGCAUCUGGUGCUGGGCCAGCCACCCUUCCCAUCACGGCACCGGUCAGUCCUGCCGGAGCCAGUGGUGAGCGUUGCUGGUUCUGCACGUUAGUUGACACGCUGGGUAACCCAGCCAGGGUUUGCUGGGGCAGGGCAGCCACAGGCUGCAGCUGCCUUGGGUUUUCUUUUAGGCUGAGCCUGUCCCUGAGGUGUCCUGCUCCUUGUGAUGCCACCUGGGAGCUGAGGAGCUGGCAUAGGGCAGGGAGAGGAAGGAAGGAAGGAAGGGCAGUUCUUGGGCCACAGGGAGGGGACAGCUGUCACCAUGCCACCUCCACACACAGCAGGUGCCAACCCCCUGGCCUGGCUUUCUCUGCCUACAGUGCCAGCAAAAAGGCUCUGUGUUGGGUGGGUUUGGCACCACGGACCAACCAGGAAGGGUUCUGUGCCAAAAGGGGCUCCACGCUGGUGAGCACAGGGUGGGCAGCGCGCAGGGGGCUUGGGGGUGGCUUUGCUAACACAGUCUUAACAACUUGCCCUUAAACAUCCCGGGCCAGGCAAAAGCCUCUCUGAAUGAUGUCACUCUGUAGCCAUUGAAAAAUAACUUGGAGGCACAAAGCAUCAUUUUAAAGGAGGAUGAGGAGUGAUUAUUUUUGUCCUUUAAAAAAAUAAUAGUAGGAAGGCCCCUAAAACUGGCUUGAAAGCCCAAAUGCAUUUCUUACAUAAAAAUGUACAAUUCUCAGUGACAUUUGUAUCACUUCUCUACAAAAUGAUUUAAAAAGAAGAAAACAAAACAAUCUGUGACUUUGUGAGUGUUGCUAUUUUAGAAUUUAUUUCCAUAAGUGAUUUUUUUUCUUAAAGAUGUUUAAUAGUCAUUCAUAUAAUAAAGUCCUGUUGUACUCUUAA